AUGUCAGGCUUUCAGGAAGAGAGAAAGUUUUUCUUCAAAUCGCCGGAUCUUGAGUACAACCUUGAGGGACCGAUACAGAUUGGUAAUAUCAUUACCGAUAUGAAGAAUCCACAGGAUCCUAUCUCCAUGCUUCAUCCGAUGCCGACAAUUAUCAAGGGCCCAGGCUAUGACAAGGGCAAGAAGACGCACGAAGGCCAUUCAUCGGUCAAAUUAAGCUUGUCUGCUAAAAUCUAUGAACUUUUUGGUGGCCAAGCUGAAGCAAGAUCAAAAAAAUCUUUUCAAACCAAGUACGAGUUUGAUGAAAUCGAAUCCCUGUACCUUCAAAAGAAUCCGACGCGAGCGGAUGCCAAGAGACUUCGUGACGAUGAUGCAGAAGUGAGGGGAGCUCUGAAUCGUGGUCCAGUGUAUGUAGUUACUGGGCUGAAGAUUGCCAAAGGACUGAGAUACUCCAACGUACGCAUGACGAAUAAAGGAGGCAGCCUAGAAGCACAGGGUCGCGUUGCGAAUGAGGCGUCAGUCGGAGGUAGCCUCGAGGCGGAGAAAGGAGGCGAGGACCUCGAAAGUUACACUGUCAAAGGUGAUACAAUCCUCGCAUAUCGACUACAUAUCAUCAAAAAAGAAAGUUGGAGGUGGCUUGGUGAGCGGGAUUUAGAGGUCAAGUCUCAAGAGGCAGGCGAAGGGGGUUUCAUGAAUCACGACGAACAGGCAGGGGAGAGAUCGGUCAUUAUCGAGGAGGUCAACUUGAAGGAUGCAAGGUACUUUGCUGAAGACGAGGAAUAUGGUGACGUUGAAGAGACUUGCCUUGAAGAUGGUGAAGAAGAAUGGUUCUUGCUCUCCAUAGAUUAA